AUGCACGCACAGUCACCACCGCCGACCGCUACCUCCCAGCCCCUCACCGCCACCUCCCACCCCCUCAGUCCCUCAUCGCCACCUAUCGAGGUCACCCUCACACUCACCGUAGCAGGGAGUGUGUCUUCGCGUCGGAGCCUCGCCUCGUCUUCUCGUCGUCUGCCACCUCCUACCCCUCACCGUCGAAAUUCUCCACUCUCACUCUCGAGGUCACUGGUCACUGGCUCACCACAGAAAUGCAUCAUCGCGUGCCUAAGUCCUAUCCCGUGGAGAACAUCGUCGUCGCUGAGGAGAACGUCGUCGUCGCCGCUGACCCAACUGAGGAGAACAUCGCCGUCGCCUCCUGACCCAACCGAGGCAGCAGCGUCGCAUCAGAGCCUCUUUGCCAUCGCGUCAGGGCCUCCUCGCCAUCAGAGCCUAUACCCAGGUCCCCAGCGGAUACAGGGUCCCCGCUACUCGUCGCAGGGAUGGGGUGGGGACAGGGACAGUGCUAAAGGUAUAUGUGGCGGUUAG